AUGACGAUUUGGAUCGAUGCGGUCUGUAUUGAUCAAGCGAACGACGAAGAGCGCUCGCAGCAAGUCAGAGCAAUGCCUAGUAUCUAUUCUUCAGCCCACACUGUCAUCACAUGGCUAGGCUGUGCAGAUUCGAAUGUGACAAAGCUCUUCCACUUUCUCAAUGACGGCGAUGAUCAGGGCUCUUCGACUCAAACGAAACCGCUGCGUGCUUAUCCCGGAUACAUUCCGAUAGCACGGUUGCGCGACACUAUGUGGGCACCAAGCACGGAAAGCGAGAAGAUUGCGACUAUGAUGCUGAAAGACCACUUCUCGCAAUUUUGCGCUCUCGAGUACUGGUCGAGGCUCUGGAUUGUCCCCGAAGCACUUCUCGCAAGUCAAUCAAUCCUGAUGCACGCCAACCAAACUCUACCUCUGGCAAUUAUGCAAGAAUUUGUGCACUUUGCGUACGAUGACUUUGGCAUGAACCGCAGGAACAAUAAAACGAUUCAUGACAUUUUCGGGAAGGAGAAGACUUUCCAUUGGGUUUGCGUCACAAAAUACGAUCGCAAUGGCGAAGCUGGUGAUCACAUGUUAAAUUCGCUUCCGCAGCUGCUGAACAGAUAUGGUCGCUUGCAAUGCACUGAUGUUCGUGAUCGAGUGUUCGCACUCCUUGCUAUCUCCAUAUCCUCCGACAGCUUGAAGGCUCAUAUCAACUAUAAGACUUCGGCGGAAGAACUGUUCGCUACGCUGUUGUCAGAUAAGGGAUACAACACAGUGUACGAUAAAUUUGAGUUGGCAUUGGGCCUCUUCGAAUGUCUCGAGUUGAAAUCGAGAUCGGAACCAGCGGAGGGUAUGCUGAUCAAGGGGCUUGCAGUUGCAAAAACACCUCGCUUGUCGCCUUCCAUGCGAAAGUCCUUCGUUGCAAGGACACGCAGCGAGUAA